CUUGCCACUGCACUCCAGUCUGGCAACAAAGUAAAACCCUGUCUCAAAACUUAAAAAUUUGUAUUUGGCCCCUAGCCCUCAACUCUUGAGUAAAUCUCUCUCAGUAUCCUAGGCUGAUACAUUAUGGCCCAAAUCCAACAGAGAUGCUAUAUGUCCUUGUUCCUCUCAAAGCCCCUCAUCACCAUCAAAGAGCUGGUCCAGUUCUCCACCUUUAGAUAAAGAAUCAUCCCAAGAUUCAACAUGAGCUGCUGCUGUGACUUGUCCAAGAUGACACAUCUUUACGAUGUAGGGCAGGGGACAGACCACAGGUCACCCUCCCCCGAAGGCAGCUAUCUACUAUCUGGCAUUGCCUCUUAGGCCUGCCAUAUAUAAAACCACCAAAAACAUUUUAAUUAAGAAGAAAGUGAAUUAUUAUAAUUUUAUUUUUAAUUUUUGUGUUCACAUUUACUCUCAAUGAUAUGUUUAUUCCUACCUAGUAUCUUGAGGCUAACCAUAAGUCUACAGCAUUUCAAGGUGGAAGAUACUUGUGUCUUAGCUUUCACUGACUUCCUGUACUACCUCCUACUUAUUUGACCUCUGGUUCUUUCCUCCUGUCUUCCCUUUCUCUAUACCUUAUUCUCUUCCUUUGAAACCUAUUGUAACAAGUUUUGAGCCAUUUCUCCCCUUGCUAUUCAAAUAUUACUUUUAUGAAGAGAAAAAAAAACUUAGGCGGCAAAAAUAUUUUACAGAAACAGUUUUAAACAUGGUUUGAAGAAUACUGAUCAUGUGUUAGAAGGCCAAAAGCCAGGGAAUGUGUUCCCUUUCAUUCAUUGUGUCAUCUAGGUUAAGUUUUCAUAGGACUUCUUGGUACACCAAGUUCGCCUCAAAUUGUCUCCUGCCAAUUACAGGGAGUAGACAGGACUUUGAUACAUUGGUAAUUAGAAGCAUUGCUGAUACGGUCUUCAGUGGGAGAACCUAUGUUUAAGGUUCUGUCUCAUCUGUAUUCCAACACUUCAUAAGUGCCUCCAAGACAAGAAUUGUUUUUUGAUUUACCGUGGUUUCUUUGACAUAACAAUAAACAGACCAAGAUUUUCCUUAUGCAAUCUAUUUUUUUGUGUAACUAGGAUGAAAUAAAGAACCGUUUGCUUAUCAUUUAAAUCUUGCCUUCUUCCCAAAAGGAUUUCAAAUAGCUUGAAGGAAAAACAAAUGAAAUAUAUUGAGCACCUACCCUAUGCCAGACUCUAUGCUGAAGGAUUUCUAUAGGUUAUUUCAUUUACUCCUUAAAACAACCACAUGCGAUAGGUAGUAAUAGCCACAUUUUUUAGGAUAAGACAGGCUUAAGGAGAUUGUGUUACAUGGCUAAUAAGCAAGGUCGGGAAUUCAGAUCCAGCACUCCAAGGCCCCCAACCUUAUAUGGAAAGCCUAGAUAAAAGCUUGCAUAUAGGACAAUUAAGAAUAAAAGAAUAUCUCCAUUAGAAGGAUUGUACUGGGCUAAUCUUUCAUUUUAAAGAAUAGCAGCAGCAUUAGAAAAGAGCAGUUAACAGAUUUUAUUACUGGAUUUCUAUUCUAGAACACUGAGAGGAGCUGUUGACGGGCCCUGGUUAGCCCUAGCAAGCAGUCAUAUUAAAAUUCUCAAAUUAUAGGCCUGCAUUAAGGUAGAAAAUAAGAAUGGGGACUGGAAGGAAUAUAAAUAUCUACUAAAUGUAAUAAUUUCAGUUCUGAUCACUAUUUUCUUCUGAAGAUUGUUUGCCAGUAAAUAGGCAGAUUACUGGCUCUCCUUUAGGUUGACAGUAUAUGACUACAGACUGCCAUUUAUGGUCCAGAGAGAUCACCCCAGCUAGUAGCAUUUUAAGGCAGAGAACUAGAUAUUCUUUCAUUGCCUGUGGUUUUCUGUUCUUCUCAAGAGCUUGGGUCUUCACUGCCAUGUGACACCUUCAGAUAAGGGGCAGAGACAGCUGGGCUCUGAGGACUGCACAAAGGUCUUACCUUCAUAUCUUCUCUCCAGUCCUAUGUUUUGUAGGAACACACACUGAAGACACUAGGUUGCAUCUUUGCAGAUACUGUUUUAGUGUCUUCUGGAACCAAGCCUCUUACUUAAUCCUGGCCUGGUUUCAUAUUCUCUCUAUUGUAUUCUCUCUCUAGUUUUUAUCCUACUCUGGAACUCUUCCAGGGACAGACAUUGAAAAAAGAUAUUAGAACAGCAAAGGCAACAAAUUGCAAGAUAUACUUGUGGCAUAGUACAUCCCAUUAAUUAUAGAAUAAAAACACAACAUCUGUUUUCUGCCUCUAAUAUUUAUACUUGACAAUUACACAACACAGUUCAUAAAGCUCUCACAUCUCAGAUAAUCACUGAGUUAGGAGAGUGGUUAUCUGCAGAUGGCUUUACCUUUUACAAGGUCUCUUGUGUAUGUUACUUCAUGAAACCCUCAAGGAAGCUCCAGUUUCUUGGGGAUCUGGGGCUGGGUCGUGCAUCUUUGGAUACCCAGUUUGGUGCUAUGCACAGAACUGCUGUACCUCCUAUUCAUUUCUCGUCUUUUACCCACCAAGACUCCUUCCUUCAUUCCCUCGAUUACUGAUCUGUUUUCCUUCAUCUUCCUAGGCUGCCAAAGUAAAUGCAAAACAAGCAACAGAAAUCUCAGCUUGUGACUUCUGAAGGGCAUUUUUAAAUGGCAGGUUUUGUGUGGCGCUGUUACAUGUUCUUUUUUCUUUGGAGAGCAAAGCCCUCUGAAAGCAGGAACUCUUUUGUCAAUGUAUAUGUUGUAGGAUCCAUACUCUGGAAUCUCUUGUACCUAGUGCUGUAUGAAAACAAUGAGGAUUCCAAGUCUACUUCACUGGAUGUCUGUUCUCAAACUUUUAAGAUAGUAAGUCCUUUUAUUAAGCCAAAAGACGUUAUAUAUUAAUUCUGUCUUCCAGGGGUAGGAGUUGGGGCGGGGGUUGGACAGUUUUGUCUGGAUAAAUAAUCAGUAUUGUAGUUGCAUUUAAUUAUUUGAUGUCUGAUUUUGUGCUUAUUAAAAUUGAUUUACAUCCUCAAUGGAAAAUGAUUUUUUUUUUCAAAUGCCCAGUGUUGUGUGACUUGCAUUUGGAUUAUUCCCAGUGCAACCUGAAGAUUCUUGUGAUGAGUUGUGGUUCCAUCACCUCGGGAACCACUAAGAGAAUUCCGUUACAAUCCAAACAAUAAAUGUUUUCUUCCUAUCUAUGCCUUUAUCCAGCGCACAGUUUGCUAGACAAAUGAUGAAUAUGGGUUAAUAUGACUUGGUAUCUAUCCUUUUGGAAACAGACUUUUAAAACCUUACUAAGCGUUUUCUGCAUUCUUCAAAUUUGAAAUGAGUGCCUGCUGUGUGCCAGGCAUCGCGCUGGAUGCAGCAUGUCCCUGCCCUCAGAGCUUUACAGUCCAGUGAGUUCAACAGAAGAUGAACAAUUUUUAUGACACAAAAAAUAAACAUAUAUGUGCUGUUGUGGGGGAGAUACUAGUUCCUAUGGAAGCAUCAUCUGGGAGGACCAGAGAAGGCAUCUUGGAAAAACUGAGAUCUGAAAGAUGAGUAGAGUUAACCACGUGAAGAGGGUGGAAAAGGGUACUUCAGACAGGGGGAACAGUGUCAGGAAAGCCCAGGAAGGGUAUAGAAAAGAAAGACAGUAGUUUGAGCAGUGGCUUUCAAUGGGAUUGGCAGUCAUGGAAGGAAAGAGAAGUGGUGGGGACCAGGUUUUGAAGGGCUUUGUGUAUCAAAUUUAAAGAAGUUUAAAUGUUAUCCUAACGUUCCUGGGAAGCCUUAGGCAGAUUUUGUGUGUUAGGAAGUUCACCACUCACCUACUUGGAGUAUCCUAUGUGGAGCUAAUGUGGAUGGGCCUCCUGCCCGUUAUUAAAUCCUGUGCUUGUCUGCCCAUCUGCCCAUACCCUCUCCUUGUCUUUCUUAAAAACUAAAGGAAAGCGUAUAGGUUCCAGAAGGAAAAAGAAAUAAAUGCUAGAAGAAUAGCAUUUACCAUGGCCCAGUGAGAUUCCAAACCAAAAUAAAGUUUCUAGGGUUUGAGCUUUUAAUACUGGUACUCCAACAAGGAGAUAGGACUUGGGGAGCUGAUGCAGUAUGAAAGUUUUGGAAUUGAGCAGCCUGCAAACCUGGACCUUUGAAAAUCUUCCUACUGACCCAGGAAAAGUACAAGGAAGUAUAUUCUCCAGAGCCUUGGUUAGGCUGAACAUUACUUGAAGGCAUCAGUCCAAAUAAUACACUAAAAACAUUAUUCAGGAACACCCUGAGAAAUUAACAUCAAAACUGAUUUGGCCAGGCACGGUGGCUCAGGCUGUAAUAACAGUGCUUUGGGAAGCCAAAGUUGGAAAAUUACUUGAGAGGCUAGGAGUUCCAGGCUGUAGCAAGCUAUGAUGCACUACUGCACUUCAGCCUGGGCAAGAGAGAGAGUCUUAAGAAUAAACAAACUGAUCCAAGAUCAUUGAAACCAUUAGCAUUUAGGAAGAAACAAAUGAAAUUACACUCAAGGGGCUCACAUUUACCAGGGCUCUGAGGACUCCCAAAGUAAAAAGAUUAAAAAAAAAAAAAUACAAGCCACUUCAGAAAACAAACCACCAUGAGGUAGAGAUAGCAGAGGAAAAAUCACACAGGAAGAUCUAGGAAUCAGGGAACUAUCCACAGUAGGCUAUGAAAGCAUGUUGCAAGUGACUGAGGAUAAUGAAAACAAUGUCAUAAGAGCAUGAAUUAAGAGGGUUUUGAGAAAGAAGAAAGAUAAUAUGGUCAUUGACUAUAAACUCAUUUGGCGGGCAACAACAGAUGAGACACAGCUGUUAAAGAGUGGAUCGAUAACCUUGAACAUGGAUGUGAGGCAGCUGUAGUACAGUACAAAAGGGUUGAGAAAUGAAGGAGCCCUUUAGCUGCUUGUGAACACUGGUCUGGAACGGGGACAGGACCAAGAAAACCAGUCAUGGAAGUUGAACUAAGUCACCUCUCCAGUGUAUCAGUGCCUGUUACGUGCCAGUACUGUUUAGGUGCAGAAGAUAUUGUAAUUUUUUUUAAGUUGCUAUUAAUACCUUCUACUGGGUCAUAAUGGCUCAACCGCGGGAAUGGCAAUAGAGAUGAAGAGAUGGAGGGAUUUGAAAGGCGUUUUUUAGAGGGUGGAAUUAACAGGAUAUGGUGAAUAAUAAAAAAGAUAGUAAAAGCAUAAUGGAGGAAACAGGGGUUCUUCCUGUUAACAAUAAGAAAAAGCUUCGGAGUAGUUUUAUUCAUUUUAAAUGCAUUUAUCGUAUACCUUAUUAUAGGUAUUGGAGAUUGAUGGAAAAUAGUACCUGACUUCAAAGAGUUUCACAGGAAAGAUAAGCGAUGGCUAUGUAAUAUGACCAAUACUAUGAUAGAAAGGUGCCCAGGUUGCUAUGGGAGGACUUAGGUGAUUUCUAAUCAUGUCUAAGAGUAGGGGAAAUGGGAUCAAAGAAAACAUCUCAAGACAUAAAGUGUUAGCUUAUGUCUUGAAAAAUUUUAAAGUUUAACCUAACCAAGGAUAAAGAAUGAGAAGAAACAUCAUGUUCAAAAGCUAAAGAACAUGGGACUCUUGUUUGCUUUCCAUGUACACACGUGUGUGUGUGUGUGUGUGUGUGUGUGUGUGUGUGUGUGUGUUGUAUGUAUCUGAAAGGAUUGGAGAGGAGAGCAAAGAGAAUAACAAGAUGAAUGUCAAGCUAAUGUAUAAUACUUUGAAGUUUGUAUUUCACUUAACAAGAUAGCAGGGAGUGAUGGAAGGAUCUUAGAUAGGAAAAGGACAUGAGCACAUGUACCAAGAGAGCUCUUUCUGGUGAUACUGAGUGGGAAUGUGAAGGUGACAAAUCUGGAGGCAGGUAGCUCGCAUUUGGAGGCGGCUGCAGUCAUCCAGAUGAGAAGCGAGAGGAACCUAAGCUGUAAAUCGCGGGAAUGAAAAUGAUAAGACCCGUUAAAAAGAAACAGAACACACUCUGUAGCAUGGAAAGGGGAGGGGUGAAGGGUGGAGAGUAGUCUAUGCAGAAGGAAAAACCUUCAGAAAGAUACGGAGGCUGAAAAGGCACCCUGUUGUAGAGAGAUCAGCAAUGCAUUUUUUAUAACUAGGCAAUACAGGGAAAUGAUAGGAUCUGAAGCUUGAAAAAUAGAUUGGGGGCUGAUUGUAAAGAGCUUCAUGUCAUUCCCAGGAUUUGGAACUGAUCUUACAUUAAAAAGGUUUUGUUUUUAAAUAUUGAGUAAUAUAGUUGAAGCUAUAAGAAUAGCUGGUGCCAUAUUAUAAUAGCCAUCACUCUUCUAAGCACUUCACAGACAGUAAUACGUUUAAUCCUUACAAUAAGCCUAUUAGAUGAAAACCAUUAUUAUCUUCCCUCUUGUAGACAGAGAAACCAGCCUAAGGAAAAUGAGAACUUGUCUAUGGUUCCACUGUGGAAAUACCUAGUAAACGAUAGAGCAGGAUUCAAACGCAGGCAGUUUAACUCCAGGACUUUCGCUCAUAACCUUCCACACCUCCCUCAUGGUUGGUAUUUCUCAACCAUGGAUACACAUUAGAACUGCAUGUAACAUUUCUAAACAUACAGUUGCCUGGAUUGACUGAGAAUCAGAGUGUCUGAAAAACAUUGUGUGGUACUGUGUUUUGCAAAACCUCCACACAUAAUUCUGAUGCACUUUACUCAUAGUUGAGUACUGCAGGGAUCUUGGGAAGUUACAGUAGUAGUCCAGGCAGGAGAUGAGGGAGGCUCAAACUAAAGCGGUCUGUAGGAAGGAAGAGGAGGGAACAGAUUUGGAGCCUUUAGAGGUGGAAUUGGCAGCAUUCACAAAGUGGAGAUACAGUAUUUUCUUGUGGAGUAUGAACCUUGCCUAGGACCAUACCUUUAGUUGAUUAUCCUCUCCCAACUGGAUCUGUUGAUUUAUGGCUAUGGAAGCUGGGGAAAAGAGGAUUUAAGCAUUUGAAGAAGUUUGUGUAGAGGAUUAUGAUUGAACUCAGACUGUUGUCCUCAGUUUCAUGCUUAUACUAUUGUUUGUCUUUACUUCUCUACCCAGGGCCCUUGGGAGGAAAAAUUGCUGUGUCCAGGCUGAGGCUGGGGGCUAAUGACAGUGUGAGCUGCUCUAGAUGGUGUGAGACCACCCUAAGCCAAGAAAUGACUACAGCUGUGGAACCAGAGGACCAGGAUCUUUGGGAAGAAGAGGGAAUUCUGAUGGUGAAACUGGAAGAUGAUUUCACCUGUAGGCCAGAGUCUGUCUUACAGAGGGAUGACCCAGUGCUGGAGACCUCUCACCAGAACUUCCGACGCUUCCGUUACCAGGAAGCAGCAAGCCCUAGAGAAGCUCUCAUCAGACUCCGAGAACUUUGUCACCAGUGGCUGAGACCAGAGAGGCGGACCAAGGAGCAGAUCCUAGAGCUGCUUGUGCUGGAACAGUUUCUUACCGUCCUGCCUGGAGAACUACAGAGCUGGGUGCGGGGCCAACGGCCAGAAAGUGGCGAGGAGGCAGUGACGCUGGUGGAGGGUUUGCAGAAACAACCCAGGAGACCAAGGCGGUGGGUGACUGUCCAUGUUCAUGGCCAGGAAGUCCUGUCAGAGGAGACAGUGCAUCUAGGAGCAGAGCCUGAGCCACCUAGUGAGCUGCAGGAUCCCGCGCAAAGCUCAACCCCCCAGCAGUCCCCUGAGGAAACCACACAGAGCCCAGAUCUGGGGGCACCGGCAGAGCAGCGUCCACACCAGGAAGAGGAGCUCCAGCCCCUGCAGGAGAGCGAGGUUCCAGUGCCCCAGGACCCAGACCUUCCUACAGAGAGGAGCUCUGGAGACUCGGAGAUGGUUGCUCUUCUUACUGCUCUAUCACAGGGACUGGUAACGUUCAAGGAUGUGGCUGUAUGCUUUUCCCAGGACCAGUGGAGUGAUCUGGAUCCAACACAGAAAGAAUUCUAUGGAGAAUAUGUCUUGGAAGAAGACUGUGGAAUUGUAGUCUCUCUGUCAUUUCCAAUCCCCAGACCUGAUGAGAUCUCCCAGGUUAGAGAGGAAGAGCCUUGGGUCCCAGAUAUCCAAGAGCCUCAAGAGACUCAAGAGCCAGAAAUCCUGAGUUUUACCUACACAGGAGAUAGGAGUAAAGAUGAGGAAGAGUGUGUGGAGCAGGAAGAUCUGAGUUUGGACGAUAUACACAGGCCUAUUUUGGGAGAACCAGAAAUUCACCAGACUCCAGAUUGGGAAAUAGUCUUUGAGGAUAGUCCGGGUAGACUUAAUGAAAGAAGAUUUGGUACAAACAUUUCUCAAGUGAAUAGUUUUGCGAACCUUCGGGAAACUACGCCCGUCCACCCACUGUUAGGGAGACACCAUGACUGCUCUGUGUGUGGAAAGAGCUUCACUUGUAACUCCCACCUUGUUAGACACCUGAGAACUCACACGGGAGAGAAACCCUAUAAAUGUAUGGAGUGUGGAAAAAGUUACACGCGAAGCUCGCAUCUUGCCAGGCACCAAAAGGUUCAUAAGAUGAACGCUCCUUAUAAAUAUCCCUUAAACCGGAAGGAUUUGGAAGCGACCUCCCCUUUGACCCAGGCUGAGAGAACUCCAUCUGUGGAGAAGCCCUAUAGAUGUGAUGAUUGUGGAAAACACUUCCGCUGGACUUCAGACCUUGUCAGGCAUCAGAGGACACAUACAGGAGAAAAACCCUUCUUUUGUACUAUUUGUGGCAAAAGCUUCAGCCAGAAAUCUGUGCUAACAACACACCAAAGAAUCCACCUGGGAGGCAAACCCUACUUGUGUGGAGAGUGUGGCGAGGACUUCAGUGAGCACAGGCGGUACCUGGCGCACCGGAAGACGCACGCGGCCGAGGAGCUCUACCUCUGCAGCGAGUGCGGGCGCUGCUUCACCCACAGCGCAGCGUUCGCCAAGCACCUGCGAGGACACGCCUCCGUGAGGCCCUGCCGAUGCAACGAAUGUGGGAAGAGCUUCAGUCGCAGGGACCACCUCGUCAGGCAUCAGAGAACACACACUGGGGAGAAACCGUUCACGUGCCCUACUUGUGGAAAAAGCUUCAGCAGAGGGUAUCACUUAAUUAGGCAUCAGAGGACCCACUCAGAAAAGACCUCCUAGCUAGGUCCCCAUGUGAGGAAAUCUGCUUUCAGCCCUCACCUAAGGGAGGUGAGGAACAGGAAAAGCCCUCUUGUCAGCCUGGGAAGACCUUUUCUAGGGAGUCUCCCUGACCUGCCCAGAUCCGACAUCACCUCUUCCGGCAACUAAAUACAAGCCUGGGCAGAACCUCUCAGCCGCCUUCUAUGCCUUGAGAUGUUUCAUCCAAAGUACAACCUGAAUUGAGGCUUCUCCUUCACUAGAGUGUGGCUGCCUCUAUCUCGUGGUUGUGAAGUAGGAAAAUUAAAAGACUUAAGAGGUUGUGGUUACUGUAUUGUCCAAAAAAUAGGCUGUUACAUAUCCUAAAGACUGCUUAACAGCCUCGAGUUGAAAGUGGCCAAGGACAGCCCCUUAGGUUUGGGAAGGGACCAGCCUGAAGGAUUCUGUCUUUAGAGGGCUCAAGUCUUAAAGCACACAGCUCUGAACUCAAGACAGGAGGUUUGCGUCCUGAUGGCUUUGCCACACAUUCACAGGAUGACUGUACAAACCCCUUGCUGUCUGAUUCACUUCUUACCAUGCACUUUCCUUUGAUGCUGAGGAGAAAUGGAAGCAGGCAAAAAAAAUCUCAAAGCUGCUUCAGGUGGACCUUGCCAAGCUGCUCCCUCCCCCAAUGUCAAAUUGUUAUCAGGUGCCAAACACUGCUAGAAAGGAGGGCCUAGUCGGAAGCCUCUUUCCAUAUGGGUUUUGGUUUUGUCUUUAAUAUUUUUUCCUAUUAAAAUACUCAUGCAUUUAACCUUC